ACAGGGAUACGUGGGCCCCGCCGUGACCGCCGCCGCUGGCGGCAGCGCCUCCCUGUGAGCCGAGCCGGGCCGGCCCUUGACGUUGGGCGCCGCGCGGAGCGGGAGCCGCCGUCUGGGGAAAGAGGCGGUAGCGCCUCCCUGUGAGCCGAGCCGAGCCGGGCCGGCCCUUGUCGCUGGGCGCCGCGCGGAGCGGGAGCCGCCGUCUGGGGAAAGAGGCGGCAGCAUCAGGAGCGGCUGGGACGAGAAAGUGAGCGGGCCUGGACACUGCAGAAAGACAUCUCUCAGGAACUGGUAUUCAUUGAUUAUCACCUACAAGGCCAGGUUUAAACUAGCAGAAUCUUGGAGUUUGCUGGUGUGGGGCUACCCCACAGCUACCCCACAGUCUAAUCUCCAGCAGAGCUCUCACCUGCUGAGAAUGACUGAAGAUUAAAAGGAUAAUGGGCUGCGUGUAUCCUGAUGGCAUCUUGUGUACAGUGACAUGUUACUUGCUAUGGCAUCUGAGACUGAAAAGGCUCAUGCUCUUCUCCAAACUUUCAGCACAGCUUCAGUUAUUUCCAGUUUAGGAUUGGGAAUGUUCUGCUUCAUAGCAGACCGACUUCUGCAGUUCCCUUUCAUUCAGCAACACGACUGGCUCCGAGCUCUCUCUGAUAAUGGAGUGCACGGUGUGGUGGGAGUAUGGUCCUGGGUGAUAGUGAUUGGGCUCAGGAAGAAGAGUGACUUUAGUGAAGUCAUUUUAGCUGGUUUCCUCUCUUCUGUCAUUGAUGUGGACCAUUUUUUUCUUGCUCACUCCCUUUCAUUACAGGCUGCUCUGACUCUUCCACAAAGACCACUUCUUCAUUGUUCUACUGUGAUUCCUGUUGUGGCUGUGACAUUAAAAUUUAUUAUGCACCUUUUCAGGCUUAAGGACUCAUGGUGCUUUCUUCCCUGGAUGUUGUGUAUAUCCUGGACUUCUCACCAUGUCCGUGAUGGAAUUCGUCAUGGCCUUUGGAUCUGUCCGUUUGGAAAAACUGCUCCCUUGCCAUACUGGCUUUAUGUGGCAAUCACAGCAUCUUUACCUCAUCUGUGUUCAUUUGUUAUGUAUUUAACAGGUACUGGAGAACUAAUGUCUAUAAAACAUGGAAUUCGCAUUGAUGUCUAAGGAUAAUAGUCCUUGGAAGUCACUUGUUUUAAAGAUUACAGAGAAGCUGAUCCCUGUGCAUUCCUCAUGAUUUCUAAAUUAGGCAAUCUGAAGCCACGGAGCCAUUUAUAAUUCCAGAAUUGAUUAUUUGUGGCUACAGAAAUCUGUUGUCUGAAAGGUGUUGAUGUAAUUUCCAGACAUCCUCAUCUGUAGUGUUCAAUAUCAGUUCUGUAAUAGCUAAUUAAUAUAUAAAAUUCAGUCAUUCCUAAAUAUUUAAAUUUCCUCCUCCUGCCAUUAUCUCUGCUAUAGUAGUGCCAUUCCUCUGGUCACCCUCCACUUUGGGAAAUAUGCUCUCUCUUUGAGCACCAACUUUCUUUCUAUAAUUAACAUUUGCACAGCACUUUGAAGAUGUAAAGCACUACAAAAGUGCUAAGUAUUAGUAAGAAUUCAGUGCUGUAUAUCACUUCUGAGAAAUAUCUAACAGCGGUUUUUUGUAGCUUGUUAGUUUACCCCAGUUGAGUCUAACUUCUUGUACUCAACUGGCUGGAAAAAUAGUGCUGUUUGUUUUUUCAGGAUGUGCUACUGAUUGUCUGGGAACACUUAAGUUUGAACAGUGACUGCUAUUUAGUAAAAAGAAAAGGAGUACUUGUGGCACCUUAGAGACUAACAAAUUUAUUUGAGCAUAAGCUUUCGUGAG